AUGAACUUUGCUGCCCGCCAACUUCAGGAGAAGUGCCAGGAGAUGAGGCCCCACCUGCACUCCACCUUCCUGGACAUGACGAAAGACUUUGACACGGUGAAUCGCGAAGGACUGUGGAAAAUCAUACAGAAAUUCGGCUGUCGCGAGCGAUUCAUUGUGAUGGUACGUCAGCUCCGCGAUGGCAUGAUGGCGUGAGUCACAGACAAUGGAGCUGUCUCAGAGGCAUUCACAGUGACCAACGGAGUGAAGCAGAGAUGCGUCCUGGCGCCCACCCUCUUUAGUCUUAUAUUCUCUGCCAUGCUGAUAGACGUCUACCGUCACGAACGCCCUGGAAUCGGCAUCGCCUACAGGACGGACGGCCACCUCCUCAACCACAGGCGGAUGCACUUCCUUUCACGUGUUUCCACAACUUCAGUUCACGAACUUCUCUGCGCCGACGACUGCGCCCUAAGCAUCACCUCGGAAGAGGACACGAAAAGGAGCAUGGAUCUCUUCUCUGCCGCCUGCGAGGACUUCGGUCUAGUCAUCAACACGGAGAAGACUGUGGUCAUACACGAAACGCCACCCAACACAGCCCCCCACAACGCGCUGCAAAUCAGCGUGAACGGAACCCAACUGCAAGUGGUGGACAACAUCAUGUAUCUGGGCGGUACCCUCUCUCGCAGCACCAAAAUCGACGACGAAGUGGCCCGUAGGAUUUCGAAGGCCAUUCAAGCCUUCGGACGUCUCCAGGACGCAGUUUGGAAUCGUGACGGUCUCCAGCUCAGCACGAAACUGAAAGUGUACAAGGUCGUAAUCCUCCCGACGCUGCUAUAUAGAGCAAAGACUUGGACGGCGUACACGAAGCAGGCACGCCGACUGAGCCACUUCCACCUCAGUUGUCUCCGUCGCAUUCUGAGGCUGAGCUGGCAGGAUCGAAUCCCCGACACUGAUGUGCUGGGACGGUCGGGAAUCCUCAGCAUCUGCACCAUGCUGAAACAAAUACAGCUGCGUUGGAGCGGCCACCUGGUGCGCAUGGACGACGAGCGACUACCCUAACGAUUCUUCUGUGGAGACGUCGCCACAGGUUCUCGUCGCCAAGGAGGCCAAAUUCGUCGAUACAAGGAUACUUUGAAGUCCUCUCUGAAACGCCUGCAAAUUAAUCCGGCCAACUGGGAAGAACUCGCUCGAGACCGAUCGACCUCUAGCAGGACAGUGAAGACAGGCGCUGCGAUCUACGAAGCCAACCGCAUUGCCGCCGCGAAAGUCAGACGCGGAGUCCGCAAAUCUCAGCUGCGCUCACCUCGCAGUGCCAACGCACGACCGACUUCAACGUGUCCACGGUGUCAGCGGACAUUCACGAAGCCAGUUGGAAUUAUUAGACACCUUCGGAUCAACUGCACCGUCCGGACUGCACCAACCGUCGACACUCCGUCCACCUCUUCUUCGUCCUCUACGCCGUCAACAAAGUCUGACCACCCUCCUGAACCAGUACUUCCAUCCUUCUUCUUCUUCCUCUUCACCUCCUCCUCCUCCUCCUCCUCCUCCUCCUCCUCCUCCUCCUCCUCCUCCCGCACUGCCUCACCCUCUGCCAUUGUGGCGUCUGCCACUCACACCAACAUGACACACAAUCCUGACACACCAGCAAACACCAGCACCAUCACCGACGACACCAGAAGUAAGGACCAAGACUACACCUGUCCUAACUGCGACCGCAUCUUUACCUCACACAUCGGCCUGGUCGGACUUGCGGAUCCAUCGCACAGAGACUGGCGAACCCGUGCCUGGAGCACCAACCUACACCCGCCGCGACCGCCUCCACUGUCCACACUGCCGUCGCACAUUAAUGCAUCGCGUGGGCUUAUUCAGCCACAUGCGUAUCCACGAGGGUGGAAUUGGCCGCAGUCCCGACACUUCGAGCACACCCACCAUGCCUAGCCCUCCCUCACUCCUUGGCCCUUCGCGCCCACCGCCACCAGUCCCAUCACACCUAGUGCCCGCUGCAAACCCAUAA